CCCGCAUUGCGUUGACCACAUUUGGGAACAAAGUAGUACGUGCACAGGAUCACAUCCUCUACCGGCUACCAAACUUACUUGCCCACUAUUCGAUAUUCAAUUACUUAAUAACGAUUUACUUCAACGAUUAUAGGCCUAGGCUACGUCUUGUCUCUCCUCCUGUCUGGGCAGCGGUAGAUGGAGUUGAAACCAUAGGAAACAAGUUAAAUGGAGCGAAGUGAACUGAAGACUACCAGUGACUGGAGUGAAAACAAUACAAGUUGUGACUGAAGCUGCAUUCCCGAGCGUGUGAUGUGUGGCGGCCGUCUCGUUUGAAGGAGCCAGAAGCUGCCGCUGUUGCUGCUGCCACUGCUGCUCCUGCUGCUCUCCGCACUGCCCCCUCCUCCCUACCCUUCUCUCUCUCCCCCCCUCUCUCUCUCUCUCUCUCUCUCUCUCUCUCUCUCUCUCUCACUCCCUACGCUUCUCUUGGGAUCUCGGGAGCUGAAAGCAACGAAGGGGGACAGAGCCAGCCGUGUCCAGGGCUGUCAGCGUGCAUCUUGAUUCGACCGCCCGCUUCAAGGAGAAAAGAAGGGAAUAAAAGAGAGCACGAGAGAGAGAGAGAGAGGGAGAGGGAGUAAACCAGAGAGAGGAGGGGGGGGAGAAAGUCAAAUCUCUCUCUCUCUCUCACUCUGGGACACUUGUGAAGGGGAACCAAGGGAGGAGGAGUGGAGGAGAUCCAAAGCUACGGAGAGGAGCAGAGACGAGUAGGAAGAGGAGGGGUGGGAGUACAAGGGAGGAAAAAAAGAAAAAGAGAAACACACGCUCCCCAACUCCUGCCUCAGUUUAUAUGCACCUGGAAACAACAAGAGGAACAAAACGUGAAGGAAUAUAAAAAAGAAAAAGCCAAAAGCAGAACAGAAGAGAAAAAGAAGUGUGCGAGAGAGAGAGAGAGGGAGAGAGAGAGAGAGAAAAGGGGGGUGGAAAUAAAAGCCAAACAAUAGAAGCAGCCAGCGAGCGCUCAGUGUCAGAUGGAGAGGAGGAGGAGGCGGGAUUGAUGAGGUUCCUCCCGCUGCUGCCGACGCUGCCGCUGCCGCUGCCCUCGCCGCCGCUCCUGCCCGGACUCUACUAAUUGCCGUCCGCGCGGCCGAACGGAGAGAGAGAGAGAGAGAGAGAGAGAACCAGCGCUCGCUGCCUCCGCCGCCGCCGCCGUCACUGCUGUUGCCGUCUCUCCCCCCCCCCCCCCUUUACCGCUCUCGGUCUCUGCGUCCCUCCCCCCGUCAUCACUCUUGAAGCUAAUCAGCCCCGUCCGCGGGAGAGAGGAAAGGAGAGACAUGGGAGUCCUGGCGUGUGGCGUCUUACUUCUGGCCCUCAUCUGUCACAGCCAUAGCUACAGCCUCAGAGACCCUCUCAGCAGGUUUAAGAGGUAUCAGGAGGCUCCCUGGUCCGACCCAAAUGACUGUUCCAGGAUAAGACAGCCUGUCAUCCAGUCCAACCCCCACAAUCUGACACUGGACAUCCGAAUGCCUGGAGUGAUCCCGUCAGCAUCGGACACGUACCUGUGCAUGGCUGUUCCUGUUCCUACCCAGAGGGACGCCUAUAUAGUGGACUUUGUGCCUCAUGCGACAAUGGACACGGCUCACCACAUGCUCCUGUACGGCUGCAGGACCCCUGCGUCCACCAAAGGCUACUGGGACUGUGGGACGGAGCAGGGCACCUGUAGAGACGCCGCCAAGAUCAUGUACGCCUGGGCCCGCAACGCCCCCCCCACCAAACUGCCCAGAGAUGUGGGAUUCAAAGUUGGGGGUGACACCCGCAUCACCCACUUUGUGCUGCAAAUUCACUAUGGUGAUGUCAGUGCAUUUAGAGAUCACCAUAGAGACUGCUCAGGUCUUACCCUCACAAUGACUUCCAAACCACAGCCCUUCAUUGCUGGCAUAUACCUGAUGAUGUCUAUGGACACGGUCAUCCCCCCGGGGAAAAGAGUGACAAACGCGGACAUCGCCUGUCUUUAUGACUCAUUUCCAAUGCACCCUUUUGCCUUCAGAACCCACACACACCGUCUGGGUCAAGUUGUCAGUGGAUACAGAGUACGUGAUGGAAAGUGGACCCUGAUUGGACGUCAGUCGCCACAGUUACCACAGGCGUUUUACCCGGUGAGCAACUCCAUCGCGGUGGAGUACGGAGACACGCUGGCUGCCCGCUGCGUCUUCACUGGGGAGGGGAAGACGACAAAGACGAUCAUCGGUGGGACUUCGGAAGACGAGAUGUGCAACUUCUACAUGAUGUACUACAUGGAGAGCAAGCAUGCCGUACCGUACAUGGACUGCAUGGACCACGGGCCCAGCUCGCUCUUCAAGAACAUCCCCCCCGAGGCCAGCGUCCCCAUACCUGUGCCCGCAGGCCACAUGAUGAUGGGCAUGAUGCACGGAGGCGGCCAUGGCACAGACGUCCAGGACGACUCUGCCUUGCUCGAGCCAAAGAGAGCGGAGGAGGAUGUUCUCGGCCAGGGUGACUUGGCUUCCCUUCUCUCCAAACUCUUUAUGGAGAGGCAGGACGUUGUCCACGUGCGUAACAAGUAUAACCCCAGCGAGGUCGAGCGCGCCCAGGCCGACCUCCUCGACAGCUUAAUGCAAAAGAAAGACCUGCCCUGGGCCAGUCCCCCCAGGAUAGGCUACGAUCAGAGAGGCAAUCCUAUUCUGGUGAGGGACAGAGUGCACAAGUUCCACCUGUUAGAGUCCACUGUCAGGCCGGCCUCGGGCAGGAGUAUGCCAGUCUUUCGGCCCGUUUCUGUCGUGGCCAAGGCUGAUAAAACAGGGGCUCAUCUGGAGGAGGCGGCCGACUGGCCCGAGGCGCCGCUGCAGCUGGGCCAAGUGUCAGGCCUGGCCCUGGACUCCGACGGCAACCUGGUCAUCUUCCACCGCGGCGACCACCGAUGGGGGAUGAAUUCCUUUGACAACCAAGGCAGAUACCUCCAAAGAUCACUGGGACCUAUCCGGCAGCCCACUAUCUUGGUCGUGGAUCCAGCCAAAGGCAAAGUGCUCCAGGCUUCAGGCAAAAACAUGUUUUAUAUGCCACACGGAAUCACAACGGAUAAGGAUAACAACUACUGGGUCACCGACGUAGCACUCCAUCAGGUCAUGAAAUUAAGUGGUGAUGGUCAGGACAAGCCGCUGGUAGUCCUGGGAGAGGCCUUUGUACCAGGAAGUGACGAGUACCAUUUCUGCAAGCCAACGGACGUGGCCGUGGACCCCGAGUCGGGCAACAUCUAUGUGUCAGACGGUUACUGCAACCAGAGAAUCCUGAAGUUCUCUCCCGACGGGAAAUAUCUCAAACAGUGGGGAGCAGGGUACACUGACCGCAGAAAGCGGCUACCCUUCCAGAUUCCACACAGUCUGGUGUUCCUGCCAGACCGACGGGAGGUUUGUGUGGCGGACCGGGAGAACGGACGCAUCCAGUGCUUCCAGGCCGAGUCAGGGGAGUCCGUCAAAGAGAUCAAGAAGGACGAGUUCGGGGGAGAGGUUUUUGCCGUGUCCUACUCACCAGAGCAAGGUGGUCUGAUCUAUGCCGUGAAUGGGGAGUCUCCUACUGGCGUAUCGGCGCCUCUCAAGGGCUUCGUGGUGAAUUAUUCAACCAAGGAGAUCCUGGACACCUUCAGUCCCGACUCACAGAAGUUCAAGAUGCCUCACGACAUUGUGGUCAGCAAGGAUGGAAGUGUUUUUGUUGCAGAUGCAGACACCAACUCUGUGAUCAAGUUUGUCCCUGGAGGAAAAGCUGACCACCGGUCUGUGAAAAAGGGUGGAAUUGAAGUUCAGGAAAUUGAAGAGACAGAGACCAUUGUCCAGGCCCACCUGAAGCCUCUCCAUAAGCUGCCUCGGCAGCACGCCAUCGUGGUGGCAGCUGUUCAGAACCAGCAGCAGCAGCAGCAGGCGCUACUGCUCCAGCAGCAGCAGGCGCUAAAGCAGCAGCAGCAGCAGCAGCAGCAGCAGAAGCCCCACCUGGAACAGCAGCACCAGCAGCAGCAGCAUCAGUCUGCUGUGGCCCCAGAGCCCCAAAAGCAGCAGCAGCAGGACCAUGAGAAGGAGAAGGAGAAGGAGAAGGAGAAGAGCGCGGUCCAUCAGGCUGCCCAGGGCGUGUCCCCGGCCGUUGUCACCACGCUGCUUCUCAUCCCGCUGGUGGUGGUGCUGGCCGUGGGCGUCUUCAUCCGCUGGAAGAAGAGCCGCAUGUAUGGAGAUGACUAUGAAGUAAAACUGGAACCAAACUCCUCGGGUGGAAUCCUGGGAAAACUGAGAGGCAAAGCUGCAGGCACCUUGAACCUAGGCAACUUCUUCGCCACUCACAAAGGCUACACCCGGCAAGGCUUCGACCGCCUGAGCACCGAGGGCAGCGACCAAGAGAAGGACGACGAAGACGCCACGGACUCAGAGAACGAGGAGUACGCUGCCCCCCCAUUGCCCCCCAUCUCCUCUUCUUAGGGGACCCAUCACCCCCCGCGCCCCCCCCCCCCCAGAAAUACCUGCUGACCUGCCCGACAAACGCUGCCCACCAGAGCAAUCCUUCUGUCCAACAAACACCGUCAGGAUGUACUUUAAUCAUAUAUGUAAAACUGUUCAUAUCGGCUGCCAAACACAUUUCUUCUUAUUUAUUUGUGCAUACAUUUCCCCUCCGUAGGAGCGUUUUCUGACUGCCACUUUAAUUUAUUAGAAACGGGGACCAGAUGUAGGUGAAGCACUGGUAGAGCUAAUGGACGUAGCUCUAGAUUAUUUUCAAAUAGGAUAUAUGGGAUAAUGACUAAAGACAGAGAAACUAUUUAGAGGUUUAUUUUUACUUUUUUUGCCAUGACUGAAUUAUUAUUGUUCAUAUAUACUUCCAAGUGAUUUAUCAACCAGAUAGCAUUUUUUAUAAGUUAUCAGGUAAUUGCUCCAGAUGUUUGGUUGAUGACUUAUCUGUACAUGUGUGCCUUUUUGAUUGUGUAUGUUUUGCCUUUCCGCAGCACCUGUUAUUACAAAUGUGCCACAUAAUGAAAGCGCUGCUAUUGUCAUCUGUAUUUUGAUUUUAUGUUGUACCGCAUUCAAUGAAAGGCUAAAAAAAAUUGAAGAUUACUAUUAUUAUGUAUCUAAAGCUGUAUUUACGACAUUUUCCAAGCGGAUGUAUAAGAUGUGUCUGAUGUUUGUUGUGACACUGAAGUUUUAUCGCAAGAAUACUAUUUUCAGUAACAAUGUUAUUUGUGUAAUAAAGUGUCUGCAAAGCAU